AUGAUUAUCACUAAGUUUUAUAGUUAACACUCAAAAUUCUCUAAUUUUUAUUUCAGCAUGAGCAAGUAUGAAGUGCUACAAGGGUACUACGCCGUUCACGACGAGUUAGGAUCCGGAGGUCAGGCGAACCAGAAAUGAUUGGCUAACAAUAAAUUUUUCCAGGCUUCGGAAAGGUUCGGUUAGCAACUCACUUGCUUACAAAUCAGAAAGUAGCCAUCAAGAUUAUAGAUAAGAAACAGCUGGGAGUGAGUUUGAUAGCGGAAAACGACAAUUAUUCUCCUGCUUACAGCAUGAUUUGCCGAGAGUCCAGACCGAAAUGGAUGCGCUCCGGAAUCUAUCCCAUCAGAAUAUUUGCCGACUGUACCAUUAUAUAGAGACUCCUGACAAGUUCUUUAUUGUCAUGGAGUACUGCAGCGGAGGCGAGAUGUUCGAUUACAUUGUUCGAAAGGAACGUCUCGAAGAGUCGGAAGCGCGUCAUUUCUUCCGUCAACUCGUCAGUGCCAUCGCGUAUGUUCAUUCGCAAGGAUACGCCCACAGAGAUCUGAAACCGGAAAAUCUUCUGCUCACCGAGGAUCUCCAUCUCAAAUUGAUCGACUUUGGGCUGUGUGCGAAAACGGAGAAGGGCCGGAUCGAUAAGCAUAACUUGGAUACUUGUUGCGGAUCGCCCGCUUACGCAGCUCCCGAAUUGAUUCAGGGACUUCAGUACAAGGGAAACGAAGCGGACGUCUGGUCGAUGGGAAUCCUGCUGUACACCCUGCUUGUCGGAGCAUUGCCGUUCGAAGACGACAAUAUGCAAAUUAUGUAUAGAAAAAUACAGGUAAGGAAAAGAAUAAAUAAAAAAUAAUUCUUUAUUCAGUCGGGUUGUUUCUACGAACCCGAUUUUCUGUCACCGAUGAGCAAACAACUGCUCCGUGCGAUGCUUCAAGUUGCUCCUGAACGGAGAAUAACGGUCAAGAAACUUCUGGAGCACGACUGGCUAAAUCACAAGUACACUCAACCCGUCAAAUGGAACACCAUCUAUGACGUAAGUUUCAAAUGUCCUGAUUUCAAUGUAUAAAUUCUUUCAUUUCAGAAAAAUUUCAUCGACCGUGACGUGGCAAGAGUAAUGUCAAAGUAUUACGGACUCGAGACCACUGAUCAGAUGAUUGAGAAGAUCAAAGAAUGGAACUUUGACUAUAUGACUUCCACGUAUUACGCUCUUCUGCAUCGGAAGAGGAGCGGAAUGGAAAUCGUGCUGCCGAUGACGAGGAACUCGGUCAAUACGGCUCCAGUGGUAAAUUAAUGACUCAAAAAUGCAAAAGUGGUGGUUUAUUUCAGAAUAUGCAAAACAUUCUUUGCUCGCCGACAAUCCACGCGUCGCUCGACAACAACCUCGACAAAUCGGGACUAGAAGACGAGGAUUCUGGCUCCGAUCCCUCGAGCGCUUCUUCCUCAGACAUCUCAGCUCGUCUGAAGAAGGACUGCUUCGUUUCGGAAGAACCUCCUAAGUUCGCCAAGCCAAUUUCUCCGGAGAAAGACAAGAAGAUGUCGUACGUGAAUGCGAUGCUGAACAUGCCUUCUCAGUUCACUGGCCGAUCGCCCGGACCUUUGCGCGUGCUCGAGUCGCCCAUUUCUAUCCGAAGCAGCGACAAAGAUUCGGUCAGCAUCGGAACAGCGACGCCCUCUCGCGGAGUCUCCAGGGUAAGAAUCGUAGUCGGAAAACACUUCAACAACAACAGUGUUUUCGAAGUCACAGUGAACUUGACCUUUUUGCCUAGUUGAUUCCACCUACAAACCACGGUUUUCAGGAUGUUGACAAGGAGAAUUCGGCAGUUAAAAAUUAUCGAAUCGGAGCCGCUACGUGUAAAAUUCGUGGGCCGCUCAAAAUAACGGGAUUGGGUAAGUUGGGAAACGACAGGAACAGAGAUUGUGUAUGUAGUCCGAGAGGCAAAAAAACAAAGCAAACAUCCAUUUUGGGCGCAGCGGAACGGAAGUAUUUCGCAAUAAUUUGCCGAAUGCGUUCUUUUGGCGAAUUUAUCCGAAUGUUUCUAAUUUCUUUUCGAUUUUCAGAUGAUGGUACGAGACGAAGUGUGUACACGACUCCGAAUCGCCCGACUCUGCGCGGUCUUUUCAGUCCAAGCAAUGCGGAUUCCUCCCAUCAGAACAGACAAAGAGCUCGUUCUUCGGACCGGGCCAGUCUGGUACCUCCCGGAUCCCCGAUCUCGAUCGGAAGUGCCACCAGUGGAUCAAGCAAUAGUGAGAAAUUAAGACAGUGAUAAAAGGAAACGAGGCGUUGUUUCAGCGGAUGGACGAACUCCGAGAAGCCGCACGAAGACGAAUCGGUUACCACAACGCGUGUUCACUUCAUUGGAACGGAAGAAAGAGAAGUUGAUCACUCUUCUGACGCCGCGAAAGAUGCAAAGAGAAUCUCCGCAAGUGCUGAAAGACGUUAAGAACAUGGUCAACGUGUCGAUGACCUCAUUCAAAAAGCCUGAAGACGUUCGAGAUCGGCUCAUAAAUGUGUUCGUGACGGAGAAAAUGCAAUACGAAUUAAAUGGGUCCGUUCGAUCCGACAAAAGAAAAACUCUUAAUAUUCUUGUUUCCAGUUGGAAGUUCCUGGCGACGAAGGAAAGUGUGCACGGCUGGAUGACGGUCGAAUUGGAAGUGGUCAGGUUGCAGAUCUUUGACACGGUGAGUCCAAUCCGACCUUUGGUUUCCAGGGUCUCUGUAAACAAACAUGAACUAAAGCGAGCAUAAACUUCGCAGAAAAAUUGAUGACAAUUGGAAAUAAACAAUUUGAUUUGUUUUCAGGUCGGUAUCCGUCGAAAACGACUGAAGGGCGACGCCUUCAUGUACAAGAAAGUGUGCGAACAGAUCCUCGACAUGGCCAACGUCUCCUAA